CCCCCCCUGCCUGCCUGAUCUCCCUUUCCUCCCCCCUCUCCCUCUGCCUCUCUCUCUCUCUCUGAUCCCUCCGCACUCCCUACCCCCCGCGCCUGCAUCCCACAGGGAGUUCUCCAACGCGUCCCCCCCCCCAGUAGCAGGAGGCGCCUCGCUUCCCCUCCCUUUUUCUUCGCCCCUGCGCCCUCAAAUCCAGCGGCUGCCUCCCUCCCCCUGCUCGCCACCACCACCAGCAUGCUCGGUCUGGCCAAGAUGCGCGGCCCGCGGGGCCCGACUGCCACGCCAACCGCGAGCCCCGCCAACACGGCCGCCGCCGGCGCCGCCGGCGCCCAGGACAAUGACGCCAUCAUGUCCAGCAUCCUCGGGGACCUGGACCGGGUGAACUCGAUGCGCGAGCAGGCGGCCCUUUCGCCGGACAUCGCGGCCAUGGAAAACCUGCCGGCCAUCGACUUCGACCUCUUCGAUCGGCAGCUCGAGGCGCUGCUCACAUCGCCGGAUGUGCCGCCGGCCUUGCGGGCGGCCCUGGCCCCGGGGUCCUCCGGCACCGAGGGGUCUCUCUCGGGGGCCAACUUGCACAACCACGGCCGCGAGCUGGCCCGGCAGCUGGCCACCCUGGAGGGGGACUCCGUCAAGGCCACCAUCUCCCAGCGGUCGGAUCUGGAGGCCCUGUCGCGGGAGAUCGACCAGUGUGAUGAGAUCCUCCAGCGCCUGGGCGAGACCCUGCAGUCCCACCGCGCGGCACUGGACGAGCGCAGCGGCGAAAUGCGCGAGCUACAGGCCCGGGCUCGGGCUCAUGCGGCGCGCGCGCGCAACCGCAAGGCCGCGGCCGAGGGCCUCGGGGCCUUCCGCCGGCGUGUGGACCUCCCGGCCACCCUGUCGGCGGCCAUCCUCAAGGCCGAGCCCUCGAGCGAGGCCUUCGCCACGGCCCUCGGCCAAUUGUCCGAGCGCCUGCGCGAUGUGCGGACCCUGGCCCGCGGGGACUCCAGUGCCUCGGCCCUGCUGAGUGCCUCCUCGGCGCAUGCCGCCACCACCCCCUCGGCGCGGGUUCUCUUUAGCCGGUCGGCCGGCGGGCCGUCGGCCGGUGGGUCCGGCCUGACGGCCACGGCCGGCUAUGUGCUCGGCGCCGCGGCGCAGGUGGUCGCCGGCGCGGCGUCCACCGUGGCCAGCGGUGCCGUGUCGGUGGCCAGCGGCGCGGCCUCGGUGGCCACCGGCGCUGUGUCCGUGGCCACGCUGGGUGCCGUCGGCGGCGGGAGCACCGCGGCGUCGGGAGGCUCGGCUGGCGGGUCCACAGCCGCCGGCCACCCGGCCGAGCCGGCUACCCCCCGGCGCCCGGGCAUGGGGGCCCAUGGGUCUGUUCCGCCGAGCCCGGCCCCCUCGGCCCCGACGUCGCCGACCUCGGCGCGCGGCGGCCCCGGCCAGGCUCCCCAAACCCCGCUGGCCAAUCCGCCGGCGGCCGUGGUCGAUGCCUCGGCCGAAGGGCAGCCCCUGACGGGCCUGGCCUACCCGAGCAUGCCGCCGGCCCUGGCGUCCGUGCUGCCGGAGCUGGAGCGCCUGCGCUUGGCCGCCUGUGCCCGGUCCUAUGAGCAUCUGCUGGAGCGCAUCCACUCGAUCACCAAGCCGACCGGCGCUGGCGGCGCUGGCGGCGCUGGCGGCUCCGGCGCCUCGCGCUCCAACGCCGCCAUGCAGCAGCAGGCCCUCUCCACUUCGGCGCACCUGAAGAAGCUGUGGCGCUUCCUGGAAAGCGAGGCCCCCGAGCGCGAGUCCCGCGAACUGCGCGAUGCCUACAUCAACCAGAUGCGCGAGUACUACUCCCGGCACUUUGGCCGCUACGUGUCCUCCACGCAGAAGCUCUGGCACUGCUUCGUCUCCGAGGCGGAUCUCAUCGCCAUUGAUGACCCUGAGCUGUCGGCCGCCUUCGCGGCGUCCACCCGCUCGCGCGGCCUGCUCAGCAGCAUUUCCUCGCUGGCCACCCUGUCGCUGGUGGGCGGCGGCUCCAGCGGGUCCAGUGCCUCCGGGCUCUUGUCCGGGUCCGGCUCGUCGGCCACCGCCGAGACGGUCAACGACUACUUCACCAAGGCCGCGCGGCUGUUCGGCCUGGGCGAGCGCGAUGAUGCCGCCCUCGGGUCCUUCAUCCACGGGUCCCUCAGCGGCGAUGGCGGGGACAUCAUUGUCCCGCACACCAUGGACAAGGCGCAGCUGCACUUCGAAACCAUCUUCCGCUCGCAGCUCCUGGCUCUGGCGGACAAUGCCUCCGGCGAGUACCUCUUCCUGUGGGAGUUUUUCGGCGCCCGCGGUGACACCGCGGCGGCCCUCUUCCAGCGGGUUUAUGAGCCGGCCCUGGUGGCGGUGGCUUCCAACCUGCGCACGCACCUGCCGUCGGAAUUCGACGCCCUCUGCCUGCUGCUGUGUGUUCGGAUUGCCAGUGCCGUGCGCAACAUCAUGCGCACGCGGCGUGUCCCGAUUCUGGACUCCUUCCUGCACGAGGUGGUCAUGCUGCUGUGGCCUCGCUUCCAGAAGCUCAUGGACAGCCACUGCACUUCGGUGCGAACCUGCGUCGACCAGUUGGAGUCGGUGCUCGCCAACCCGGCCGCCACGGCCAAGUCUGCCGCCGCCGCCCGCCCGGAUGCCGUCUAUGAAACCCUUGCCCGCUGCAUGAUCCCGGUGGCCGCCCGGUUUGGCAACCUGUAUCGGUCACUGCUGACGUUGAGCUCGCCGACACACGACUUCGUCGGGUCGCCCGGGUCACUGGCGUCGCCAAAUUCGGGCCUCGGAGGCCCGGGCACUCCCGGCCCGGCUGGCCGGGUGUCCACCUCCUCUCACAUGUCGAUGUCCCGUUCGCCGUCGGUGGCGUCGUUGUCCGGGGCGGCCGGCUUUGGCCCCGGGGCGCUGACCAGCGCAUCGGUGGCCUCGGAACUGGCCCCGGUGGCCCAGAGCCUGCAGCGCCUGCGCACCGAGGUGGAGUCGGCCUUCUUCCGGUCGGCCAGUCUGCUGGUGGACGACCGGCGCCGGUACACCGUGUACCUGCUCCGGUGCUAUGAUUCGGUGGUCCGGGCCUUUGACUCGUCCACCCUCCAGGCCCUGGAGGAAGAGCGCAACUACUGGAUGCAAAUGCGCGCCCCGCAGAUGUCGCACCUGGUCUACGAGGAAAUCGCCAUUCACCUGCCGCAGCUGGUGAGCGUUGGCCGGUCGCUCUUGCGUGCCAAGAAUCGCGACCAGACCCAGCCCACCGGGCGUCGGGCCACCGAUCCCACCAGUGACGCCUCGCUCGAGACCGUGGCCAAGGAGUUCCACAACAACUGGCGCAAGGUCUUGUCUCAAGUGCGCACGGACCUGCCGCUGCUCUUCCCGGGCAAUGACUUCCUGGCGUCCGAGGUGGCCCAGUCCAUCCUCCGGGAGUUCCUUGUUCUCUACUCCGGCUUCUUGCAGUUUGUCGAAGAGCGCUACGGGCGGAACAGUCGGCCACCUUUCUCGGUCCAACCGCCGCCCUUCGAAACGGUCAAGUUCGAGACCCGCAACGCUUGGCCCAGCAACAGCAUGUAGUGUUUGGCGCAUCGCGCUCGCCCUGCUACGCGUCCAGGCAGGUGUUCCCUUCUCUCCCCAGAAUAUACCUCGCCCUCCCAACA